CUCUUGUCCCACAACUCAAUACUCUUUACUCACACAGCCCACGAGACACUGAGAAAGAGAGAGAGAGAGAGAGAGAGCGAUGGGAUUCGGAAAUCGUCUCUGGUGGUGUGUCUUCUUCGCUUCUUUCCUCAUCUGCACUGCCCGGAAUACUCUCAUUUUCCCAGUAGAUGAGGAGGCGGCGGGCGCCGUGGGGAGGAGGCUGAAGGCGGUGAGCACGGACGAUUACAGUGAUCCGUCGGCGAACAAAGGGCAUGAUCCGCGGAACAGAAUCGGCGGCGGGGGGUGGAAAGGCCGAGACAGCAGCGCGCCUUGAAUUAAAUGAUCUACAUCUAUAUGUAUGCAGUAUGAUCUGAGUAUGUGGUUUCAGAGUUUGAAUCCUUUGAUAAUAAGGGAAACUUUGUAAAGCGAAUCAAUGGGAAAACUACGUGGAUGUGAUCCUCCAAACCACACCAAUUUCCUUUCA